AGUCACAUGUACACGAAAAGCAGGUCACCCUCUGAACACUGGAUAGUGGCUGCUCUGCUGUGCCCAAGACGGGGUGUGUUCUUGUAGUUUGAGGAUUAAGAAAACGCUCGCAGGAUCUUGCUCGUCACAUCAACAUGGAGAUCUUGGGGCUAGUGGACGUCCCGCUGUAUCUGCUUCUGGCAGUGGCGGGGGCUGUGCUGCUCUAUAUAUAUGGAACCUGGAACUUCAAUUACUUCAAGAAUCGCGGCAUCCCUGGACCAACACCAUACCCCCUUGUUGGAAACAAAGGUUUCUUCCACAAAUUCAAAGAGUGGAACCGACAAUAUGGAAAUAUAUACGGGGUAUUUUUGGGACAAAAGCCAGCUUUAGUUAUAUCUGAUCUGGACAUUCUGAAGGAAGUGUUUGUCAAGAGCUUCAACACUUUCAGGAACCGGAUGAAAUUCAAACUCGUGCCUUUCCCAUUCAAUUUGGGUGUGUUCUUCUUGGAAGAUUCCCACUGGAAGAGAGUGAGAAGCAUAAUCACCCCCAGCUUCAGCGGCGGCAAACUGAGAAAGAUGUGUGCUGCUAUCAACGACUGCGCAACGACUCUUUCAAGUAACUUCUCUAAAGUCGUCGGGAGAAAAGAAGGGGUUACUAUGAAGGAAUACUUUGGAGCUUUCACUAUGGACGUGAUUUCAAGGACUGCCUUUGGUAUAAAAGUAGAUUCUCAGAACGAUUUCAACAACCCAUUCGUCGCUCAUGCUAAGCUGAUGUUUGGACAAGCAGGGCCAAGAAGACUACUACCACUGCUAGCAAGUUUCUGUCCCCCACUUGUUUGGAUCAUCACGAAGCUGGGGGGUGGAUUCUUUCCAAAACACGUCAUAAACUUUUUUCAAACGAAUAUUACGGAUAUGAUCAAACAACGACAGAGCGACACAAAAGAGCGUCGAGAGCAGAGAGUCGACUUCCUGCAACUCUUGGUGGACGCUGAGAUAGAGGCAGAUAGAGACGAAAACGGUCACGCAGCCAAUGGUCAGAUCCCAGAGAAACAUUCAGUCAGACGUCUAACAACAGAUGAAAUAGUUGGCCAAGGGAUUCUGUUUUUCAUUGCUGGAUACGAAACAACUGCUUCGACACUGACUUUUGCGUCGCACAGUCUCGCCAUGAACCCGAAUGUACAGGAGAAGGCGUAUAAUGAAAUCAAAGAAAUGCUUGGAAAUGAGGAACCCAACUACGACAACAUAGGGAAACUGAAGUAUCUGGACAAAGUCAUCACAGAGACGCUCAGGCUCUACCCACCAGUUAUUGCGUUACAUCGCAGAGCUUCUGAGACUAUUCAGAUCCAAGACUUGACAAUCCCUGAGGGACAAACCAUCUUUAUCCCAACAUUCGCACUACAAAGAGACCCCCAGCUCUUCCAGGACCCAGAGACCUUCAAACCAGAAAGACAUGAUGAAAAGUCCAAUCCGCUGUCCUUCCUGGCUUUCGGAUAUGGUCCUAGAAUCUGUAUUGGGAUGCGGCUUGCUCUGGUGGAGGCUAAAAUAGCCCUGGUUCAUGUUCUGAGAACUGUGAAGUUUGAACGAAUGCCCGACACACAGGAAGUAUUGACGUUUAAGGUGGCCAACUUUCUUCAGCCAGAAAAGGACAUCAGACUGAAAAUAUCUCCCAGGUGCUGAGCAAGGCGGAAUGCACCAGCAGCUCAUGUAAUACUACUACUACUGCGACUACUACUACUACUACUACUACUACCACUACUACUACUACUACUCCUACUAUUAAUAAUAAAGGAGAGUAACCUUUUGGAUCACUUACAAAUCUGUAUCUUGAAGAGGGGACACUGGUGGCCCAGUCGCUUAACCCGCUGCAAGUUUCUGUGAAAAGUUGUCGCACUCAGAAAUCCCAGAAACUUAUGUUUGUAAACGUCUAAGACCUGAAUUACCUCGGGCGUUCCUCUCACAUCAAGCUGAAACACAGUGAUAUAUAAUUAAACUACUGUUUAAAGAGGCGCUACGCCAAACUCAUUCAAGCUUCCUAACUACUUUCGCUAUUCAGGCAUACAUGUGAAAUGAUCAUUGUUGAAUCAAGACAUUCUGAAAUACCUCAGUGAUUGUGUAACUUGUGAUGUGUAUAAUUACAAUGCUGUGUCCGAAUUGUUGAUGCCAAUUGGCAUGGUUCUAAGACCACUACGCUGACGGUGACGUUGAGUCAAUAACGGAACUCUUGCAUCGCAAAACAUCUUUAGACAAACGAUGCAUCAUGAUGUAAGGGUUGCCAUGGAUUCCAAUGUUGUUUCAGGCAGUUUCAAAGGCCCGAAGGAGUUCUUACAGGUGACUACGAUGCAUUUGACCUGCUGAUGGUCUUGCCGUGCUGACGUCGCUCCCGGUCGACCACUGCGGGGACUGUCGUUGGUGACGUCAGUUGCAUUAAACCUCGCCUGGAGGGGACAGGUUGGCAGACACAAUGUUAAACCCGUUUGCAACCCUCCGAGCACUUUGGCCUACUUCAUUCUGACCGAUAGAUAUCUCUCUAUCAUGUGUUCUCAAACAUCAAGUGCGGUUCUAAAUUCAUAUGAAACACAUUUUAUGACGUUUUAGUGGUUCUUUUGGUGACCAUUUGGUAGACCGUCUAUGCUGACGGUGACGUGAUUUGUAUUUCGCUCUGACCGUUUGGACGACACAAUACCAAUUAUGUUUUCUCAAAAAUUCAGUGCGGUUCUAUGUUCUAUGCAGUGUUGUUGGUAGCCAUUUACAUCAAUGUUUUAUGACAACAAUUUAGAAGAGAACUCUAUUAGAUUAAUUCUGCGAUAACAUGUUAUUUCCUUGAUAUUUAAUUUUCAUUUGUGUGUGUGUGUUUCCAAAACCUUAAACAAUAUAACAAAAUUAACAAAAACUAUUUAGGGUCAAUAAAAUUCUGUAUCAAUCAUUUAGAUAUCAUUAUAUAGAAAAGCAACUUAAGCAAAACUAUUCUUGAAAUCUACGAGUCAGGUGUGGCUCGCGAAAUAAUACACGUUGGUCAAGUAACAAAAAUGGCUCUUUGCGAAAUGAACAGUCUCGAAUGGCGAGGAAAAUAAGAAAUUCACAGUUUAUGUGUGUGUGUGUGUGUGUGUGUGUGUGUGUGUGUGUGUGUGUGUGUGUGUGUGUGUGUGUGUGUGUGUGUGUGUGUGUGUGUGUGUGUGUCCCUGCUUUUGUUUCUGACAUUUAUUGAUUCAAAGAAAUAAUUGAAGGAUUUUAUUAAUAUAUCAUGGUAUAACAACAAUUGAUGUCACAUAAUGUCUAAUAAUCAUAAAUGUGUGUGUAUGCUAGUGCCUGUGUACUGUAUUGUAUGAUAAUAAUGUACUUAAUAAUGUAAAUGAUACAUUUAAAUAACUAUGAUUGUAAAAAGUCUUGGUUUACGUAUAAGUAUAUGUGUACAAUGUUGAAUAAACUCAAUAAUAUUAUCUUUA